AGUUUUUACUGACAUCGACAUGCACCGUCCUCGUGAGUAUAUCUUCGAAGUUGUUUGUUUUUCUCGACGGUGCUGUAGAUUUUUAAUAAUACAACACUGUAAUCAGUAUUAGUAGAUUUUUAUUUCAUUGGAAAGACAGAAUGUCGUCGGGCUUCCGACCACUCGUCGAGUCUGGUGCUCGCCGUCAUGUGCGCGCGGGCGUCAGUCCGAGUAGCAGCAGCACUGAUCCCGUCCACUUACGGUCGAACAGUGCGUCAUUUGUGAUCCCAAUACGACACCACACAAGUCUCACAGAUCCGUAUGAGCGUGGAAGUAAAGCAGACGGAUCGCCCCCAGCUUUCAGCAGCACUUUCUUCGAUAAGCGCGGAGAGCACGACAACCCCAAUUAUUUGCGGUAUGGUGAUCAAGCUGAGUUUCUCAAGAUGAUUCGGAAGCCGCCCCAGUUUUUUGCGCAAGUGGUGGAAGGACUAAAGACCGAACUGCGACAAAUACCAAAGAUCGAAAACACUUCAGAAAUGCAAGCGCAAAUGCGGCGCGACAUCCAUGGACUGCUCACGAAAGAGGAGCGAGACUUGCAUCGUCAAACAGUCUUCACAAACGUUGCAUUUUCGAAACCAAUCGCUUCAAGCUUUGCCAAGUCUGCUUUAGCACUGCCGACAAUGGGCAGCUCGAUAUACUCCCACAUGUUCGCAGGUACUAGUGUAGAUACAAUGCAUCGCAAGUAAGUAGAUUAUUGUGAUGUAGUUCAGGGCCCUACAAGAGUAAGAAUACGCAUACUGAUGUGUUAGAACCGACGAUGGACCGUAGCGAACGCAACCGAUUUUGAAAUAACGCGAGGAAGAGAGAGAAAGACACGGUUAUACCAAGACACCGGUCAACUAUUUCCCUGCUGUGAGUAGUGUAGAGCGGGGCAUGCGCGUGGAUGAUGGUGGGCGUGCAAAUCCUGGCCGCCUGGUACUCUCCUCCGUGGGAGUUUUUCACCGUGGCCGUCCAGGUACCCGCAGCCUGUGGGGCAUCGUGAGGCGAUGCCUGCGAUGUUCUCAAGAGGCAUGGUCUGGAUCUCAAGGGGAACGAUCUCGGAAGUAUGAUGCUCAAGUUGGUUCGAUGAUCUUCAGGAGAACGCAAAUUUUUGGGAUUUGUGUUCAUACCUACCAGAGACCUCACUCACAGAACUCGUCGACUUUAGUCAACAUGUUCCUACAUACUAUUUCUCUGAUGGAAGCCGCACAAGUAUAAGUAAGUAUGCCGAUGGUGAGCUACUAACAAUUUUUACGGAGAUUAUUUACCCGGGUUUCCACUUUUGCAAUAGCAAUUGCAACAGGGCUCACGAACUACGUAUUGGGAAAACGCAAGGCACUUGGGAUGUCCCACGAGUUCGAAGCAAAGCAGGACAAUGUGCAGCAUCAGGUUCCUACGUUUUAUCGCGCGCCGAUAAACAUCGGGACUUACUACCGAACGCCUAUUCUGGUGGAAGAGCUCGUCCGAAUGGGCUACGAUGAAGAAAAGCGGCAUGAAGCCUUGGCAAAAGCUUUUUUCCUGCAGUAUUGGUCCGGAGCAUACGAAAGUGAUCCCUGCAUUUUCAACCCGCUUGUCAGGGUCUUCUACCCUCAGGGAAAGCACGUCUUCACAGGAAGCAACGACUUGGGGUACAUUCCUAGCCUGUUUCAAACUCCUGAUGCAGGUGGUUGAGUCUUAGUGUUGUUCUUGCUGUAACUGCAGCAAUGGGUGCAUUUGCAUUAGACAGAAACCAUGCCAUCAACUUGAUUUCAACCAUCGACAUCGACGUUUCCACCUCCUGUACAUUCAAGGCGGGAGACAGAAUUCCAGGCUGCUCGCCUCUACGCUCAGGGUAUCGAGGGCGUUCCGGAUCCUCCGUUGACCAUUGUGAAUUACGGAGACACUGGGCCGUUCACAGACGGAAAUUUGCAUGCGAUGCAGCACAUUUUAGAAGCGCGGGAGAGAGGCUUGCGCAUGCCCCUCAUUUUCCUUGUGAAUGCGAAUAACAGUUCGAUUUCGUCGCGACUCGCGUUUGAGGACCAGCAUGAGUCAGUCCAGAAAAUUGUUGACCGCUUUGAGUCCUUCGGCAGUCUUCUACUGCCUGGACGCGUCACGGAGGCUGAGGACGUCGCGGGCGGCCUGCAGGCUAUCCGCGCCUGCGUUGACGACGCGCUAGAGCACGGCAAGCCGACGUGGUGCAUUUCGUCGUACCCGUUUCGCCCGCUGGGACACGCCAGCGACGGCCAUCCAGGCGCCGACCCGUUUCUGUUGUACCAGUUCGAUACCUUUAAACAGACCGUCUACGACCAAGUUGUCACGGCAGCCGAUGAAGGCUCGCCCGGGAGUGAGCUGGCAGCAGAGCUGGAGCGCCUGUCGGCGUCAAUUGAUCGUGCUGUCGAGAACGCAAUGCUCGGAAACAAACCACUAGACGAUGACCAAAUAAUCACCCUUUCCGUACCUCGAAUCAAAGAACAAAACGCAGCACCUGGAAAAGUCUACGCGCUCCAUCCGGCUUAUCUGACGGGCAAGGGGUCCGGGAAAAGCAAAGUGUUUUCAGGUAUGGGCUCCGAAGUGUACGCGCGUGCCAUUGACCGGCUGAUGGAAAAGUCUGAGGCAGAAGGUGUCGCUGUGAGAUACGUUCACCAAGAAAACCACACACCAAAUACGAACGACACCCGCUGUGGCGUCUACGGGGAACUGAACAACGUCUCGGAAAAAUUUCUGACGAAGAACUUCCACGCGUUUCUCCCGAACGAAGCGCAGGUUGCACAAGUGGGAGCCGGCUUGCGAGCGACACUGCCAGGGGACAAAAGCGUCGUUUUUGUGAAAGGGCCUCAUACAAUUUUCAACGAGCAUGCGAGGGAUCACAUCAAGUUCUCGGCAUUUCGGUACUGCAAACAUCUGGAAAAAUAUAAGUGACCUGCAGUGCUACAUCACAGUAAGAACUUUGAUAUGCUAAGGUCAGACGUGGCAAUAUCUGGUCCCGAGCCAGGUAGGGAUAUUCCGUUCACGACAAAUUAUACAUCAUGAUUACAACGGUUACUCAAAUCGACAUUCUUAUUCUGCGUGAGCUAGAACUUUAUCAUCGAGAUUAGUCAUUAAAAACAGAAUGAAAACGCGACAAAAUAUUGGAUUCAGGCACUACGAAACUGGCGAGAGCACGAAUUACAUCUACAUCAUGGACGGCGGUUCGCUCGCAGUGCGAGAAAAGGAGGAUAUCACGAUGUCGGACGGCACCAAGGUCCAACGUGACAUCAUUCUUGCCCGUGUCGGAGAACACCACAACACACCUGAGUAUUCCUCCUAUUCUGGGGAUGCAAACACGAUCUGCGCGCUUCCGUUCGACAUUAACCUGUUUGAAGCAAUGCUUCCUGGCAUGGUGGACCUGCAGCACCUAGGUCGUUCCGUGGUCUGCUUUGCGCCGACCGCAGCCUUCGGCGCACUACAUUCGCUAUUGGAACUUCGACAGGUGUCUGGAUCAGACGCGACGAACGACCUCGUAGCGGACGUUGGACAGGGGCAAGGCUUAGGCCCACACGACGUGCUCCGAGUAGAUAUCGGAGGGAAACGACGACCGAAGGAGCUGAUAGUGCUCUCUUGGGGACCUGACUGCAAGUGGAUUACAUCGACGCUACAGAGGGCCGACCUGGACUGCCACAUGUACGUGCUAUGUUACAACACAGCGCCGAACUCCUUGGUCCGCUUGCUAGUAGAAAAGCUGAAGGAGACCUCUUCGUCGAUUGAGGUGCUACUUGUAGAUCCGAAUCCAAAUGCGGCUCUGAUGGCACCUGUGAUGGUAGAACUACGUAGAAAAGUCGCGGAAGCUGCAGGACCGGAUAUGCUCGACCGACUGCAUUUUUCCGAAUGCUCUCAGCCCCCAUCGUUCGUACCGUACGGAAGUGGACGCAUGCUGCUCAAUGCGGGGCAUUUGAGCACGGUCUUGAUGCAACGUGGCUUCCUCGGCGAAGGAGUCAUAGCUCCAGCUCAAACAAAUAGUGGAAGUGAUCUUCCGACUCAUCAAUUUCCUUCACAAGCUGCGUCGUCCUCAUCCGCCGGAGCAGCAUCCUCAGGUGCUGUGGAAAUAGUUUUUGCGCCAAUCGAAGCAGAGAACGCACUAGUAAAGUUUCUGAAGCAGCCUGGUGCGGAAGUGUCAAUGGACGACGCGAUUGCUGAGCUGGAGACUGACAAGGCGACGAUCGAGAUUGUCGCCCCAUGUGACGGAAUCUUAUGACACGAAAAAGUAUACUCUCAUACUCAAGAAGAAGAAAAGAGGCUUCUUCCUACUUCGAAAGUGCCUACUUUCUUGCGGAUGAGUACACUUUUUCGCUUCAUAAAUCUUGGAGGAAUUUCAUGUAGAGGAGUCGACUGAAAUCAAUGUGACUGAAGAAACAAAAAUCGCAACAGUAAUAACUAGUACUAGCAGCACUGGAGGUUGUACUAGCGCGGCUCCUGCGCCUGCGGCGACUUCUGUGUUGAACAAAACUUCUGAGACGGAUUCCGAUUCCACCCCCGCAAAAGUAUCCGCUCCUGGUACAGCAUUCUCAGGAGGAACCCUUGGUGCCUCAACCGCAGCACGAGAAGUUGGCAAGAAGCAAGGAGCGAAAACAGUCGAGCUGAGUACACUCGAGAAAGCGACUGUGAAGAAUAUGACGCUGCAGCCAGGUGACACGCUCACUUAUGCGGUGUCGGAGAACGUGAAAUUCGACAAUUUGUUGCGCGCUGCCAAAGCUGAUGGAGUGAGUCCUACGUGCGCAAUGGUCAAGGUGCUAGGACACGCUGUCCAGCAAUGUGGACUCAACCGCAAACUCAACAAAAAGCGCGACGGCUUCUUGGAUUACAACGAGGGCGGAGUCAAUCUGGGCAUGGCGAUCACGGUCGACAACCAGUUGCGUGUAGCAGUGCUGAUGGACGUCACUAGCAAAACAGAAGGCGAAUUGCAGGCAGAGAUACAGGCACUCAUUAUGCUGUUUGAUUAAGAUAGUGAUAGAGGCUGGCCUUGGCCUGUUUCGCCUGCUUUUGUUCUUUUACUUAGAGACUAUGCAGUGUAAGUAGUUAAUGGAACCCUAGAGUAGGCGGUCUCGGACUCGGUAUUUCUCCUUUUGCUUAAUGCGGACUCGAAGCACUAUGAAUUCCCAUUCAUGUUGACGUUGCCUGUCUAAUUUCGAGGCAAAGGGUAAGAAAAUGUCACCGGACGACCAGGACUUGAGCACCGCCUGCUUCGUACUGACCACGCUUGGUAAGGAUGCGCCGGAGGAGGUGCUGCCAACACUGCCACGCGGAAUCACCGCGAUCUUGGGUGUCGGUCGCACACAAGAAGAGACUUCAAAGUCGAAAUUCUCGAUGAAUGUUUGUCACGCAACCCUCAACGGCGCCGAGGGUGCGACUCUGAUGAUGAAGAUCAAACACCUCGCAGAAAACUACAGUGCGAUGAAGUAGUCAUGAAGGAGAGGACGGGUGAGAUACUCUGACUCUGAUUAUCUGAGUCAGAUAUGGAAUUUUUUAGGGUAAGAGAAACUACUUACUUGCGUAGGUCAUACUUGACGACAUUAUCUAGCUUCAUGCUAUAAGCUCUGUCAUGCUGGUGCUAUAGAUUCAAAAUUUUUGAGAUUAAAAUCAGGCUUGCAUAGGUCGGCUUUCCGAACUACCGACGUCGAUGGAUCGCCACGACCAUCAUGAUCGAUCACAGUCGCGCAUGAAGCUUGUAAACUUCAAUCCACCUCAACUAUAUACUCGUUUACAAAGUCCACCUCCGUCAUCAAACGUCUGUGGACUUUUGAGGUCCUCGUCGAGCAUUCAUUUUGUGUAAGCGUAAAGAUAAAGAUUGUUGAUGCACAAGGACAAGCUUUCAGAACCUCCAUUUCCUUACGGUGUUGCUUUUUUGUUUCAGAAAGAUUCUCCAUUCCGCAUGAAAAAAGUGUAUCUUUAGACGGAACAUCAACAAGUCACAGCUAUUAAUUUUUGUUUCGCAACCUUCUUGUUAUAGAAGAAGUUUUUACUUCAUGUUCCUGCUCACUGUUCAGGAACAUACAUAUUUUUUAAUCAUCAUCAUGUGCAGAAAUCAUAAUUUAUACGUAAUUUAUUGCUCCUCUCGCUCUUCCUUGAUGUCAUUGUAUGUGGCCACUUUUCAAUUCCUAUUUUUUGCUUCGGUUGGAGCGAGUAGAUGAAGCUUGACCUCGUCGGGCCGUGAUGAUUAUUACUGCCUGGCAGGCGGGACGCGAUGAUCACAGCGAAGACGUGACACGGGAACAACAAAAACGAAGCACAAAACCGGCCACACGCAGAGGAGCACGCAGCAACAAACUGCAACACAAGGCAAGCUAGCCCGCCAGCUACAAGCGGAAACGACAAGCAGCCCAACCCCCCCCGCAGAAGCCCCGCGCACAAAUUUACUCGGUGGGGGGCUUAUCAAUCAGGCACCGACCAGUUUGGGCCCUCUUGCCGUCGGUGUCUGCGAGUAGAAAGAAGGAGACGGCCAGACCCACCGACGAGGACCAGCAAAGGAGCCCUCCGGGAAUUAUUACACGGCGGCGCCAAGAUUGAGCAAACGGCCGCAGCAGCGGCAUGCUGUUAGAAUUCUGACGCCUUGAGCUGAGGAGACCUAGCGACGCCCAAGGACCUACCGCAGACCUUCAAAGCCCGUGACCAUCAGGCGGCGCUGUCUCGUUAGUCUUAACAAACUUGGCCACAGCUUUGGCCUCCCUCGGGAGCAGGCGGCUUUUUUGCUGCCUUCUCUUGCCUCAGCCGCGCCCGCGGACUCGGAGGGGGCCAAAGCGUAAGCAGCUGAGAACGAGAAGAGAGACGGCGGAGCCCGUGUCUUUUGGUAAGCCUACCGCCCAGCAGUGGGCAGCUGAACAAGUGGAAACAAAGAGGGGGAACGCCUUCGGGAGAGGGGGAGAACAUGAAGGGAAGCCCGCCCACACCUUUUCAGGGUUUAUCAUAAGGCCCACGGUCUGACAGCGGCACCAGAUGCGGCUGUCUGCUGGUGGUCGGGUGUGUUCCUCGGUCGGUUUCUUCUGUGAGAUGUAGCCGCGCUGCGGUCGGUGACUUGGGUGCACAUCAGUGGUCGCCGGCGUCUGCCCAGGCCUGUCAGGCUGUCCGCUUGCUUGGUUGGCUCUUGCCGUUUUUUGUUCGGAUUGCAAUUGCUUGCUUUGCAGUCAUUCGGACUCCCGCAUCGCUUUACAAUAUAUUUUAUUUACUGCCGAAAUUUGUGCGCUUUUUUUUUGGUAUUUUUUCAAGAGCUUGAGCCCACGACCAGUGCCACUGGCGACCCGCAAAAACUGAAAAAAUUGAGCAAAAGAAGCAGACUUUUCGGCAGUAGCACUGGAAAGCAACUGACAGAAGCACGGAAAAGGCUGGCCAAUAGCCUAUAAUAGAUCCGGCAGGAGUACAAAAAUGACCGACAGAAGCAUAAAAAAGGCUGACACUGGCACAGAAUAGAUCUGACAGAGGAACAAAUAGAAAGACCGACAGGAGCAUAAAAAAGACCGACAGAAGCACAAAAAAGCCGACAGAAAGAAUCGCGAAGCUUGUCGACAGCAGCAGAGAGGGAGAACAGGUCGGUCUGAUCAUCAACGCAACAAGACUUGGCCGCAGGGGCAGACGCUUCGUCAGUAGUGCACAGGGGUGCAGCAGUUGCGUGCUCCUUUCGUCGGCUUCUGCUUGCUCAAAGUCUGACAGCAACGGAAAGGUGCCCGGCGCUCCCUCUCGGGUUUUGCAAGUCUGCCUCGAGUUUCUGCGGGUAGCAAUCUACAUUUUUUCGGGGUGUGAUAUUUCUGGAAGUAUAUUGCUGCUGUUGCUGUAAGUAGUUUGUUCUGUCGUGGUGCCGCCGUGUAGUAAUUUCAUCCGCAGGCUGCGGCUAAGUUCGUUGGCCUUUGAUUCUUAGCCUCGAGGCGGCUCUGUCUAUUCGUAGACACCGCCUACAAGAGGGGCCAGGGUGGUCGAUGCUUGACUAAUAGGCACACUGAUAAGAUUUAUUUGCGAAUGCGCUCGGGGCUUCUUGGUUGUCGUUUCUUUCCCUGACAAAAUGCACAGGCCAAGGGGCUUCUUCCACCGUUAUGCUUGCGGCCACCGUUUCAAGCUUCGCAUUGGAUAUGAUUGACGUGGUGAGCCAGAUGCUGCGCUAAGUAGCGGGUGCGUUCUUCUCGAUCGAGCGCCGCGGAGUUUUGCGAGAUUUGUCGGCCACUGAUCGAACUUGGAGCACUAUCGCUUCGGCUUUGUGUCGUUCGAAGUUGUUGCGUUUGCCCAUUUGGGGGCCUGAGGGUCCACCAUUCUGCCUUGUAAUAAUUAUUGCGCACUGGCAUGGUCGCGCUUCCUUAGAUAUAAUUAAGUAGUCUGGCCCCGACAGAAGCAUAUCGACAGAACUGAAAAGUGGCCACAUUCAGUCAUGGGCUGCUCAUGUAACAGCUGGCGUGUGAGCUGUUCUGCGUCUUCUAGAAAUAGUGUAUCAAAUUCAAAGGACAACUGCUGCAGUAGUUCUGCAGAAACGGUUCAGCAGGCCCCUAGUGAGUAUCACAUGUUGACUGCCGUUGCGCGUGAUUGCAGCAAGAACACAUGUCAUAGAAGGUAGUUGGCAUUUUCAUCACGUGGAUGGACUAGACAUUUUCGCGUCUUAUGAAACAAUAAAGAAGACAGAGACACUCCGCAAAUAACACAUGAAACUCGCCAACUUCAAAUAAAGUUAGUACUCCUCGUACUGUUGCAAAGAAUAAAGAAGAAAGCAAGGAGAGUACAUGAACAAAUUAUAACGAUCACUGGCGGUGCAACUGCAACAGGACCAGAUCCCCAACAGCACCGAC